AUGUCACCUUUGAGAAAGACGAUUCCCGAGUUUCUAGCCCACUUGAAAUCACUGCCAAUUACAAAAAUUGCAAGCACCAGUGCGUUGACAGUAUGUGUUGGUAACGAAUCAGCAGAUAUGGACUCAAUUGUCAGUGCGAUCACUUAUUCAUACUGCCAAUACAUAUAUAAUGAAAGUACUUACUCGGAAGAGAAGGAGAAAGGUAGCUUGAUCGUACCAAUUAUCGAUAUUCCUAGGGAAGAUCUCAGUUUAAGAAGAGACGUAAUGUACGUUCUAGAAAAACUGAAAAUCAAGGAGGAGGAGUUAUUCUUCAUUGAAGAUCUAAAGAUCUUGAGAGAGAAUAUCUCUCAUAGUGCCGAAGUAAACUCUUGCUUGGUAGAUAACAACGAUACCCCAAAGAAUUUGAAUAACUACAUAGAUAACGUCGUUGGUAUUAUAGAUCAUCAUUUUGAUUUGCAAAAACAUUUGGAUGCUGAACCCCGGAUCGUAAAAGUUUCCGGUAGUUGCUCAUCACUGGUUUUCAACUACUGGUACGAAAAAUUGCAGGGCGACCGUGAAGUGGUGAUGAAUAUUGCCCCACUAUUAAUGGGGGCCAUCCUUAUAGACACUUCGAAUAUGAGGCGCAAAGUCGAGCCAAGUGAUAAGUUAGCCAUCGAAAGAUGUCAAGAUGUGCUUAGCCAUGCCGCUAAUGAAGUGUCUGCGCAAGGCUGGCAGGACAGCAGUGUGUUUUACAAGGAGAUAAAAUCAAGAAAGAACGAUAUUAAAGGAUUUUCGGUAAGUGAUAUCUUGAAGAAAGAUUACAAACAAUUCAAUUUCCAGGGAAAGGGGCCCAAAAGUUUAGAAAUCGGUUUUUCAUCAAUAGUAAAAAGGAUAUCAUGGCUAUUUAGUGAACAUGGUGGAGAAGCAGAUUUUCUCAAGCAAUGCAGAGGUUUCCAGAGCGAGAGGAGGCUCGAUGUGUUGGUGCUAUUGACGUCAUGGAGGAAAGCUGGUGAUUCACACAGAGAACUGGUCAUGUUGGGAGACCCUAAGGUGCUGUCUGAACUUAUUAGAAGGGUUACCGAUAAACUUCAUCUCCAAAUAUUUGGAGGCGAUCUUGGCGAAGGAGUGGCAAUGUUUAAGCAACUGAACGUCGAAGCCACCAGAAAGCAAGUCGUCCCCUAUUUAGAGGAAGCUUACUCAAAACUGGAAGAGUGA